GGACAUGGAAGAUGCAAAAAAUGGAUGCGGAAUGAUAUUGUAGACUCAAAAGAGUCCAAGACAACCUCAUGGUUUAAGCGAUUUAUAGGGCGUGAGCGAAAGCCAGAGGUGACCUGGCCAUUUCCUUUUGUGGAGGGCAGACUGUUUAUCCUGACCCUACGUGCUGGCGUUGAUGUGUACCAUAUCAAUGUUGGGGGUCAGCAUCUGACUUCAUUUCCAUAUAGGACAGAGUUUACUCUUGAAGAUGCAACAGGACUAGCAAUUAAAGGAGACGUGGAUGUUCAUUCAGUUUAUGCUAUGUCUCUCCCUACUUCUCAUCCGAGUUUCUCACCUCAAUGAGUAUUGGAAUUUUCAGACAAGUGGAAAACCCAUCCUACACCCAAGAGCAAGAUUCAGGUCUUUGUUGGAGUGCUAUCUGCUACUAAUCACUUUGCUGAACGCAUGGCUGUUAGAAAAACUUGGAUGCAAGCUACUGCUAUCAAGUCUUCAAAUGUAGUAGUUCCAUUCUUUGUUGCAUUGGUAAGGCUUCUGCAUUGAUCAUUAGCAUGCAUCCAAAUAUGGUGUCAAAAUUUAUGGGUUGAUGAGUUAUCUUCCAGGAUCAAUUCCAUAUGAGUUUAAGGAAUAGAACGUGGCCCUAUUGACAUGCUUGAAUAUGAGAGUUUUCAAGGAUAAUAUUGAUGCCUAACCUAUUAAGAAUAUAAUAGAUAGUGGCAAAGCACAGAAGUCUGUUUGAAACAUAAAUGUAUAGUCCAUAUCUGAACAUUGUCAAAUGCAUGCAUAAAAUGUUUGUGGUCUAUAGGUGCAAAAUUGCAUUUUGAUGAGCAUAU